AUUGACGCCACUUUUAUCAUGAGAAUGAUAGUGUUAAUGGAUAUUCAUCAGUUUCUUGUUUCUUUCAUUCCAAUACAUACACACACACACAAACACACACAGAUACAAAUAAUUAAUAAUACCUAAUAAUAAUAAUAAUAAUAAUAAUAAUAAUAAUGAUAUCUUUUUUUCUCUAUUUAGGAUAUCAAUCAUAUCAAUAAUUCAUUAUAAAAUAAAUAAUAUUAUACUACUAAUGAUGUUUGUUUAUUUAUUUGUAUGUUUCGUUGUGUGUAUGCGUGUGUGUGUGUGCGAGUGACUGAGUGUCUCUGAUUAACCCUGACUAUAAAAACACAAAGAUUUAAUAUUCAUUCCUUUUAUACAUUAACCAUUAACAUCACAUACAUGAAUAUAAUAUAAUAUCAAAAAAAAGAAAGGAUUCACAUUAUAUAUAUAUAUAUAUAUAUAUAUUAUCCUAUUUUCUAUUAAAGAAGCAACAUUACUACUGAUUAUACUACUUAUAUCUCUAAUGACAAAAUGAUAUUAUUACCAUUUGAAUAUGAUCAAUUUUUCAAAAAUCUAUUAUGUAAUCAAUUCCUUAUUAUAUUUAUAAUUAUGCAACAAUUUAUUGAUGCUAAAUCUAAUUCAACCAAUAUUCAUCCUAAAGAAAUUACAAUCAUUAAAUGGGAAUUUCAUGAAUUCUCUACACAUAUUACUGUUAUGUUAUUUUUAAUUUUAUUAGUUUGUUUAAAAUUAGCUUAUCAUUAUAUACCAUAUAUAUCAAUUUAUGUCCCAGAAUCUUUAUUAUUAAUAUUAAUUGGGAUUACAUUUGGUAGUAUUGUAUUUUAUACAAUGGAUAACUAUACAACUGAUCAUCAUAAUCAUAAUCAUCAUACAUCUAUAUCAAUAGAGAAUACUGUAUGGAAAUUUACACCGGAAUUAUUUGCUUAUUAUUUAUUACCACCAAUUAUAUUAGAAUCAGCCUAUGGUUUAUAUAAUCGUACAUUUUCUGAAUAUCUUGGUGUUGUAUUAAUAUUUUCAGUGAUAGGUACAAUAUGUAAUUUUUUAUUUAUUGGUUUCUCAUUAUAUAUAAUCUAUCAAUUAAAUUUAUUAGGUGAACCUAUAUUACAAUUAAAUAUUAAAGGUUAUUUAUUAUUUAGUUCAUUAAUUGUUGCUGUUGAUCCUGUUGCUGUCUUAGCUAUCUUUCAAGAUAUUGGCGUUGAAUUAAGUUUAUAUUAUAUUGUAUUUGGUGAAUCAUUAUUUAAUGAUGCUAUUACAAUUGUAUUAAAUGAUAUUAUGAUUGUAUUUAAUAGUAAUGAACAAUUAACAACAUUACAAAUAUUUAUUGGGUUUAUAUCUUUUUUUACAGUUAGUUUUGGUGGUUUAUUCAUUGGUGUUAUAUUUGGUAUUAUAACAUGUUUAAUUACAAGAAUACAUAGUCAUUUAUCUGUAUUUACAAUAUUAUUAUUAGCUUAUUUUUCAUAUAUUAUAGCUGAUUGUAUUGGUUGGUCUGGGAUUAUCUCAAUGAUUGGUUGUGGUUUAAUACAAGCAGCAUAUGCAUUUCAUAAUAUUGGUGAAAAAUAUGUUAAAAGUUUAUUAUUAAUUACAAGAAUGUUAGCUGAAGUUAGUGAAGGUGUAAUCUUUUUAUUUUUAGGUAUACAAGUAAUAUCUUAUAAAUUAGAAUGGCAUACUGGUUUUAUAUUAUGGUCACUUAUAUUAUGUUUAUUAUCCAGAACUAUUAUUGUAUUUAUUAUUACAGCAAUUGUAAAUUAUGUUAAUAUUGAUGAAACAAAAAUUACAAUUGAACAACAAAUUAUAUUAAUUUAUGGUGGUUUACGUGGUGCUGUAGCAUUUGCUUUAUCAGUACUUAUCCCAGAUGAUUUAUUUCCUAUCAAUAGUUUAUAUCAUAAAAAUGUCAUAGUAACAACAACAUUAUUUAUUAUAUUAUUUACAGUUGGUUUUAUGGGUUUAACAACAAAACCAUUAGUGAAAUUAUUAAAACUACGUAAAAAAGAUCAAGAAAAAUUAAGUUUAUUUUAUAUAUUAAAUAAAAAUAUUAUUGAUCAAACAUUAACUGGUAUUGAAACAUUGAUCGGUUCAAAAGGACGUAAUGCUAUCAGAGAAUUUUUUAUUAAAAUUGAUGAAAAUUAUAUUCGACGUAUAUUACAACGAAAUCCAGAACAUUAUGAUGAGAAAAUUUUAAAAGUAUAUGAAUUAAUUGCAUUAAAAUUAUUAUAUGCAUCAACACGUCCUAAUGAUACUGAAAAUUUAUUAAAAAAUAUACCAGAAUCAUUAAAAUUUAAUCAAUUUCAUCACUAUUCUAGAAAUAAUCUAUCAAAUUUAUUAAAUCAUGGUACAACACAUGAUUGGAUAUUACAUAAUCAUUUAUCAAUUAUACCAAUUGAUGAUGAUUAUAAUGGUAAUCUUAAUGAUAUUAACAAUAAUAACAAUAAUAACAAUGAUAAUGAUAAUGAUGAUGAUGAUGAUGAUGAUGACGGUGGUACAUUUGGUGAAAGUUCUUUUAUAUCAGCUGAACAAAUGAUGAAAAUGAAUAUUAAUAAAAAACAAUAUAGAAAAGUUUCAAUAAAUGCUAAUGAUAUAUUAAUUGAUCAUUUAUCACGUCAUAAUAAUCAUCAUGAUUUCUAUGCAUCAACAUCGAAACAUAAAUGUCAAUUAGAUUUGAAUGAAGCAUUUAAUGAUCUAUUACAAUAUCGUAUAGGAGCUAGCAAACAUCAAUUCACAUUAAAUAACAGUAAUAAUAAUAAUAAUAAUAAUAAUAAUAUUGAAAUGAAUAUUGAUCAUCUUAAACAUACAACUAAAUUAGAUCAUAUAGAUCAACAAAAACAAUCAAUAAAAUUAGAACAAUCUCAACCAAUACAACAAGUAAAUAUUGAAUCAAAUGAAACUAAACAUACUAUUCAAAGUGGAAUAGAUAAUAAUCAAAUAGAUUCUUCUUCUAUGGAACAACAUAUUCAACGAUCUUCAUAUUCAUUACAACCUGAAAUUAUAGAUUAUCGAAAAAGACAAGAUUUUAAUAAAGAUAUGAAAUAGUAUUAUUAUCAUUAUUAUUAUUGUAUAUGGAUCAGAAUAUUUUCUAAUGAAUAGAAGCCUACUCGAGUUAGACGGGAAUGUUGUGACCAAAAGCUAACUUCGAAAUCACUCAUCGCGGUCAGCACCUAACAUGGAUUAACCCUUCGACAAGGUACCACGGAUACUUUGAAGACCGUAUGACACAAAAGACGUUAUUACGGAAAUAAAUUAGUAGAUACAAGUGCAAACGAAAGUGAGACCACCACCACAUGGGCCACUUCAUGUCAGACGAUUAACUGAUGCAUGUUGGUUGUCUUUCGCAUUGACGGGGAUCGAUGAACUGUUCGAUAUUCAGUGACCUAAUUGCAUGAUAAUUUGGCUAGAGCUCAGUGAGAUUUCACUGGCCCUACAAAUAUAAUUCAUUGAUUUAUACUUACAUUGCAAUAUAUAUACAUACAUAUUGAUUGGUGAAUUUGCAAAUUUGAAUUAUAUGACCUUUUCAAGGUUAAUUACUAGGUAGAUUCGUUGAUAAAAUAACAUUCCAAGUAAACAAAAUGUAUUAAUUUCUCAGUGUUUAUUUUAACAAAGGUUAUAAUUUUCCUUAAAAUAAUGAAGUUUAUAGCAAUAUUUUCUCAGAAUUAUGUUUAUAAUGAUCUAAAUUAUUGUAUUCGGCAGUUUGUUUACCUAUGAAACUGAAUUAUAACUGAAAAUAUACUUUUAUUCCAAGAUGGUAAGUUACAAUAAUCAUACUAAUAGUAAACAGAGAAUAUUUUAUUCAAUAUGAUGACAAUGAUCAUCAUGUGCUUACUUAUAACUGGCAUUAUAAGGUAUUCCUUGGAGUUCUAGUGAGAAACCAUGGCCCUUGGUGUCUAACCGCGUAUGUUGUAGAGGCAGUUACACACUGUAGACAAUGCUGGACGGUCGCGCAAUAUCGUAGAUGACGGCUCAGUGGUCUGCAAGUUAAGCGUUCACGCGCGAGACCGAAAGUCCUGAGUUUAGUGCGGGAUGGUGAUGAAGAGUCCCAUACUUAGACUAAAAAUCUGUCUAGUGCUUCCAGGUUUUCCAUGGUGGUCUAGCUUUAAUCGACUCAUGAAUUCAAUUAUUAAAAAUUACUACAAUUUCCACAAAACCCCAUUCUGUGAAUUUUAUAUGAAUAUUUUAUACUUCACAUUUUUGGUGACAUUUAUUGGCAGAGUAAAUCUUUAUUUUCUAACAUAAGAUGACAUUUUCGCAAGGAUAUUACAGUAGUAAUUAUAUUUUCUAAUGAUUUGGAUUGUCCUGUUGUUGAGAUAUUUCACUGAAAUUCGGUCAGUUUUCGUCGACAUAUGCUUACCAUAUGCAGACUGUAUUGAUAUAGCCCUAAUGACACAAGUUAGUAUAGAAUAAACUCAGUCAUAUCUAGCAGAUGAGUCCCGAAUUGUAGGAAUUGUGCAUCCUGAAUUCUACUACUAACCACAUUUCGUUUAUUCUAUGUUAUCUCAACAUAUUUACUGCACUCUUCAUUUUAUUGAAAAAAUUACGAAUGUGACCUGAUGAAAACCAUUUCAACGAUUUCAAUUCAACUCACUUAUUGAGAGAUAUUAUUAAUGUUUUGUUUUGAUUACUGACUUGUGUUUAUAGAUGAAUAAUACGGCAGUUUUGUGUAUUGGAACGAAAAGGAUAGUCAAUUUUUUCUAGUAUUCAAUGGUUAUUUGACUGAUGUCUGUCCAUAGCAGGAAUUGCAAAUUGAACAAUCCCACCAAACCACUCAUGUUUAUUUUGACUUUAUUGAAAUGUUGGCAAAUAUGAAAUUACAUGUGUGUAGUAAGUAAUUCGUGGGACUUUGAUUCAUUAUAGGAUGAGUUUUUCCUCCUAUUAUUGUGAGAAUAAGGGUUUGUGGAAAUUGAAGUAAUUUAAUUGUUGAAUUCAUGAGUCUAUUUAAAUUAGAUCACCCUGGAAAACCUGGAAGUACCGGACGGCUGUUUCGUUUUAGUAUGCAACUCCUCAGAAGUGUGAAACCAGAUUUUUCAUGGUAAUCUAAUCGAUAUCACUUAGUGACUAGUAUGAUUAAGAUAUUUUAUUUACACUAGAAAUAUGAUAAAAUAAUCCACAACUAUUUUCUAAUGGAUUCAAAACUUUGAAGUAAGAGAAACUUAUGAGAAAAUCUGAAAGUGCUUGUUCUUUAUUGUUGACAUAUUUUGAGGACUACAGUUGAUUAAUCUUAAGUCAGUUGUUAUCAGGACUUAGUAGAUUUGUGGAGAAUGAAUUGAACGAUUGAAACGAAACAUAUUGGGUUCGAGUCGUAGCGUCAACAUCGACACUGGAUUGCAGGCACAUGUAGCUGAAGAGUGGCAAACAGCAGAGAAAACGCGCAUUCUUAAUCCCACUGUUAAUUUUCAUUCAACAUUACAGAAUAUAUUACGAAGAAAGACAGAAAAAAUAACUACAAGAAAAAAAAUCGACGGGAAAGAUUUAGACUGACUACUUUCUUUAUUUUUGUUAGUAGACGGUAAUUCUCAUGUCCAAAAAGCUGAUAGUAACAUUUAUUCGGUAAAAGUAUUCUUUAUAGACACGAUUAAAAGACGCUUGACAAAGUUUCAAGCAGUUAUUUGAGUCAAUGAGAAGAAAGUUUUUAUAAAUGGAUAGUUUACAGAAAUGGAAACAAUAAUGUUGCAAAAUCUUGGCCAAAUGGACACAUAUGCCACACUAGAAGUUGAACUUUGAAAUUGUAUGACUAACAAACAUCAAACAGGAU